UGGAUGAUAGGAUCAUUUUAGUAUUGAUGGUUUUCAAUUUUUUAUUUGUAAAUUAAAUGAGAUAAAAAUAUUUGAGGAAAUGGAAAAGUUGAAGGAAAUUUAGAAGUUUGUAGGAUAUUUUUUUUUUUUUUUUACUAUUGCUUUUGUCUGUAGAAAGGGGGAGUGUUUCGAAUCAAUCGAUUUUUGGUGAAUCGUAAUGACGCUUGCGCUGAUGAAAAUUUUAAGAAAAAAAAAAACAAUACAUUCAGUGUAAAGAAAUACUUUCAGCCACUAACAACAAGAAUUUUUUUACAAUAAAAAAUACAUUUUUGAAUAAUUUAUUAUUUUAGUAAUUUUAUUUUAUUUGCAAUUUAAUUAGUGAUGUGAUGAAAAAUCAAGUGUUUUAAUAAAAAAUAAAAAUGGAUAAAAAAGUAAAGUGUCGUUUUGAUAGUAAAAAAUUUAACUUGAAUAAAAAAAUCAUCAAAAAAUAUAAACCUUAAAAAGUUAACGUCCACUUGUUGAACAAAGUAUUGAGUGUACACCUAGGUAAACAAAAACAAUGGGUACACGACGUGGUGGUUUUGCUAGCCUUGGUGGUGCUGGAUCAAUUCGUGGAAGUGCUGGAGUUCUUAAAGAACGAGCAAACAUGUCAUUUAUGCUUGUUGUAAUGUUCUUUGCUGUAUUUGGAUUAAUAGUACUAACUGAAAUAUUUUUAAUUGAUGAACGUCGUAGUAAUGGUGGUAAUGGUGCACUUGGUGGUCAUAGACAAGGUCAUGGACGUCUUGCACCAGCUCCAGAUAGACCAGAUUACGAAGAAGUUGCAGUUGAAGAUUAUGUUGGUUUAAAAGGUGGUUUCGAUGCACAAAUUGGUAUGCUAAUAAAAGAUGAUAAAAUAAAAAAAUCAUCAUCAAUAAUAUCAAGCAAAAAUGAUAUUAUAAAUUUAACACCAAAUAUUGAAUUACAAUUACCACAGCUAGAUCAAAAUAUUCGUCAAACAAGUGGUGAAUGGUUACCAGUUACAAAUACACGUUUUAAAUUUUAUGUUUAUUCAGCAUAUUAUGAUGACAGAAUAAUAACAAGUACAACAAAUAAAAAAUACAAUUCGAAAUAUGAUAAAAUAAAUAAUAAUAAUUAUAAUAAAGGUUUAAUACGUAUUAUUGGUGCAACAAAAACACGUACACCAGAUCGUGUAUGGUGUAGAUUAUGGUACACACAAAUAAAUAAUUCAACAACAACAAAUAAUACAACAAAAAGUAUAACAGUACCAGCUAAAAUAAAAGCAAUACGUGAAAAUUGGAAUUUAAAAUAUUCAGCAUGUUUUAUAAUAUGUCAAUUGCCAAAAGUAAUUGAUAAUAGUAAUAACACAAUACCAGAAUCAGUUAGUAUUGUAUCAAAAUUAAAAAUACAACCAACAAAUCGUUUAAAAAUACAAAAUCGUCCUGAUGAACGUCCAGCAGUACGACAAUCACUUGGUAUUUGUGUUAAACCACUUCAUUAUAAUUACAAUCGUGUAUUACAGCUUGUUGAAUUUAUUGAGUUACAUAAAAUUCUUGGUACAGCACAUGUUACAUUGUACAAUGAUACAGUUGGUGAUGAAGCUAGCUGUGUAUUAAAAUAUUAUGAAGCUAAAGGAGUUGUUAGUAUAUUACCAUGGCAUAAACUUGACAUGAUAUCACAAAGAGAAAUAAGAACAGAAGGAUUAUUUGCUGCAUUAAAUGAUUGUCUUUAUAGAUCAAUGUAUAAAUAUGAUUUUGUUGCAUUAUUAGAUCUUGAUGAAUUUAUUAUUCCACGACAUAAUGAUACAAUUAUUGAUCUCAUACAAUGGAUGUCAAGUAAAGUUAAUAUUAAAUCUGGUGGUUCAUUUUCAUUUCAAAAUGCAUUUUUUUAUUUACAAUGGCCUGAUGAUCCAUGGGUUACAACAAGCAAAACAGAAGCUGAAGCUGGUCUAAUAACAUUACGUAAAACACGUAGAAAAUCAAAGCUACAUCCUCAUAAACAACGUUCAAAAUAUAUAUGUAAACCACGUGAUGUUGUUGAAGCUGGUAAUCAUUUUGUUUGGGAAUUUUUACCAGGACAUGGUACAUUAAAUGUACUUGCUGAUCAUGCAAUAUUACAUCAUUAUCGUGUUUGUGAAUUUGGUGGUGAUGAUUGUGUUAAAACACCAUCAGUCAUUGAUAGAACAGCAUAUAAAUAUCGUGAUAAAUUAACUAAAACAAUUAAUAAUAUUUGGUCUGAUCUUGACAACAAUUGUCAACUACCAAAAUUACAACCAGUACCAGUAUUAUCACCUCUUGUUCCAAGUAGCCCAGAUCAAAUUCCAACAAGAUAACAAUUAUAUUUUUUAACACAAUUUCAAUCUACGAAAUAAACAUUUAAAAUUAAAUUUAUAUUUUUUUUUUUCUUGUUUUUUAAUCUUAUUUUUAACAAUAUAUAUUGUUAAAAAUAAAAAUAAGAAAUGGACUGCAAAAUGAGCUCCAGCUUUAUUUAUUGUCAAAUUUUUUUAAGCCAAUUUAUUUAUACAAAAUAAUAAUAAUUAUUAUUAAAAUAUAUGGAAAUAAUAAUUUCUAUAGAAACAGUAUUUUUUUAUAAAAAAAAAUAAAAUAAGAAAAAUAUUUUUUUUUGUUGGUUUGGUGCUCUUUUAAUGGUUGAGUGAAUUUUUUUAUUUAUUUUUUUUUUUUACAAUACAUAGUUUGAAGGAGGAUAUAAAAUGGAAAUAAAAUUUUGCAAAUAAAACUAUGAUGCAUAUCUGUAGAAGUGAAGGAUUUUAAAAAUAAAAAAAAAAAAUAAAAUCAUAAAACGUAUGUAAAUGUAGUUAAUGUCAAUCAUAAAAUGAUGUUAUUGUAGAAAUAAAUUUGAUGGAAUAUGUAAGGCACUAUAAUUAUUUCAUUAAAUAUUUAAUGAAAUAUUUUUAAUUGUGUCUUUUUGGAUUGAUAUUUUUUCAAUAUAGCAGAUAUGCUAAUUUAUAAUAUGGUAACUAUAUAAAUAGGCAAUAAUUUAAACAAUAAAAAAAAAAACAUAAAAAUAAUGCAAAUGUAAAUUUCUAAUUUGCUCAAUUUAAAUGGCCGAUAAAUAAUUAUUACAAGCGUUUUUUAAAACAAAAAAAUUAAUAUUUUAAUUUUUCAAUUGAGCACAUAAAACUAGCAAAUCAAUUCGUAUACUUUUUUACAUUAUAUAAUUGCUAAAAAUUAAUGAGCUAUUUGUAGAAAAAUUUAAAGAAAAAAAAUCGAAAUAAUACAAUCAUUUAAUGAAUAAUUUUUUUAAAUGAAAAUUAUAAUUUACAAUAAUUAUUGUUAUAAUAAUUUUGGUGCUACAGAAUAAUUUUAUUGUCAAUGUAAAAAAUAUAAAAAGAAAAAAACUGACUUCUAUAUUAUCAUGACUGAAUAUUAAUUUUGUUUUAAAAUAUAUUAAUUAAUAAAUAAUAAUAAAACAAUUUCUGUAUAUUAAUUAUUUAAAUUA